AUGACCGACGCCAAACAGAGCGCCCGACGGCUCACCCGGUGUCGGACGGGGUGCGACGAGGGAAAACCGCGGUGUCGAAAUUGUAUCGAUCGCAACUUUGAGUGCCAGUAUGGCCCGCAGUUGACGUUUUUGACGAAGAAUGCGCAGACUGUGCAGCCCUCGGAGGUGGGAAGUUUAUCGGCUAAUUAUGAAGUGAUUCGAGACCCUGAGAAUGCUAAGGAUGAGCUUGACGAUGGAGAAGAUGAACCCUCUCUUCAGGCCGAGGAACCUCAAACUCAACCGCCGCAUGAAGACCCUCCCGAUUCUGACGUAGGCAGACCAGCAGAACCAGAAACACUCUCAGAGUUACCUAUCUGGUCAGCCGACGAGCCAUCUAGAGUACCAACUCCGCAACCCACAAUCGCAAUGUUCAGUGACAAAGACGAGUCUGCGGUCGCCGGGCUAUUAGCAUUGGGAACGAGUACAACCGAAACGAUGGCGCCAGAUCUGAACCUGUCGGAAUUCACGAUCUCACCGCCAGCAAGAGAACCGUCCCUCGCUCAAACAGUGACUCCAAUCAACUUCCCCGAUUAUUCGGUGACCUUUUCUCCGGGUCAUCUGCCCCAACCGGCUCCUCUCAAUCCGGAGAUGUCACCAACAGAGACGCUGGAACUGCUUCGACAUUAUCGCUACGAGGUAGCCCCAUGGGUAUGUUUCUUGAAAUGGUUUCAGGGCUUACAGCAAAGACUGACAAGAAAUUAUCUCAAAGAUCUCGGAGCAGCGCUGGCCGCAGAUACCAGUCUCCAAGUUCCAAUCCCUCCGUCGCCUCCAUAUUUUGCGGAAGGAGAUCUUGGUAGUGACCCUUUUGGACUAGUCUUCUCAUACGCACAUCGCCCUCUCUGGCUCUGUGCGCGUGCUAUAGAAUUUAUGCACAAUGAAGAUCCCUCUCCGCACUUGCCCCCGCUUCAUGCGUGGAUGGGAAUUGUCGAAGAACUAGAACAGUGGUACCGGGAACGGCCUCAGGGUUUCCAACCAAUGCUAGAGAUUGAGACAGACGAUCAAGCCGCCGACCCGAGCCAAAGCUUCUCGGUUGUUCUUUUUGCCAAUGGCGCUGGAGUCUUCUCCAACCAGCUAUACCACACAGCCAUGUUGCUGUUAUUACAUAGCCGUCCGCGAACGGCGCACAUUGCCGACAUUCGUUCGGCGACAAUGUCUCCUCUGUGGCAUGCUCAGCGAAUUUGCAGUAUCGCUCUCAAUAACGAGCGACGCGAGUGCUGGGAUCCGUGUCUGUUGGCAUCAUUUCUGACAGCCGCGCGCCGCAUGACACAUGAGUCGCAGCAGCAAGAAAUCUUGCGGGGCUUUGGCCGCAUCCGGAAAAUCACUGGUUGGAACGCUGGAGAGCUUCUGCGAGAUCUUCAAGUGGAAUGGGGCUGGCCGGAGGCCUAG